CUUCUGGAAACUCGCUCCUUUCCGCUAGCGUCCUAAGCCAACCUCGCUGUCUUGUCUCCCGGCAAGCGGUAGUCUUUCCCUUUACUGGCUGUGUUUUGUCACCAUGACUGCCGUGAAAGCGCUGAACCCAAAAGCCGAGGUGGCGAGGGCCCAGGCCGCCUUGGCUGUGAAUAUUAGUGCUGCCCGCGGACUUCAGGAUGUGUUGAAGAGUAAUCUGGGACCAAAGGGGACCAUGAAAAUGCUCGUGUCUGGUGCCGGGGACAUCAAGCUGACAAAAGACGGUAAUGUCUUGUUGCACGAAAUGCAAAUCCAGCACCCGACAGCAUCACUGAUCGCCAAGGUGGCCACAGCGCAGGAUGACAUCACAGGAGAUGGGACCACCUCCAAUGUCCUAAUCAUUGGGGAGCUCUUGAAACAGGCUGACCUGUACGUGUCAGAGGGCCUCCACCCCAGAAUUAUAGCCGAGGGCUUUGAGGCAGCGAAGGAGAAGGCCUUGGAGGUACUAGAGGAGAUGAAGGUGACACGGGAGAUGGACAGAGAAACACUCAUCCACGUAGCACGCACCUCCCUCAGAACCAAGGUCCACAAAGAGCUUGCUGACCUACUCACCGAGGCUGUAGUAGAUGCUGUGCUGGCCAUCGCUAAACCCAACGAGCCCAUCGACCUGUUCAUGGUGGAGAUCAUGGAAAUGAGGCACAAGACAGACAGUGACACACAGCUAAUCAGGGGACUGGUGCUGGACCACGGGGCCAGGCACCCAGACAUGAAGAAGCGUGUGGAGGACGCCUACGUGCUGACCUGCAACGUGUCCCUGGAGUACGAGAAGACCGAGGUCAACUCAGGCUUCUUCUACAAGAGUGCGGACGAGAGGGAUAAGCUGGUGUCGGCUGAGAGGAAGUUUAUCGAGGAGCGCGUGCAGAAGAUCAUCGCUCUGAAGAACUCCGUGUGUCCUAACGGGGAGAAAAGCUUUGUCGUCAUAAACCAGAAGGGAAUUGAUCCGUACUCCCUGGAUACUUUGGCCAAGGACGGCAUUGUAGCGCUGCGCAGAGCCAAGAGGAGGAACAUGGAGAGACUCACUCUGGCCUGUGGAGGUAUUCCUAUGAACUCUGUGGACGACCUCACUCCUGAAUGCCUAGGCCACGCAGGCCUGGUGUACGAACACACACUGGGAGAGGAGAAGUUCACAUUCAUUGAGAAGUGUGGGAACCCUCGCUCAGUGACCCUGCUGGUGAAGGGCCCCAACAAGCACACCCUCACACAGAUCAAAGAUGCCGUCAGGGACGGCCUGAGAGCAGUCAAGAACGCCAUUGAGGAUGGAAGUGUGGUGCCUGGAGCAGGUGCCUUUGAGGUGGCUGUGGCUGAUGCUUUGGUGAAGCACAAGUCCAAGGUGAAGGGAAGGGCCCAGUUGGGAGUGCAGGCCUUUGCAGAUGCUCUUCUCAUUAUCCCCAAGGUUCUGGCCCAGAACUCUGGCUAUGAUGCCCAGGAGACCUUGGUGAAGCUGCAGACUGAGUACAAGGAGUCUGGACAGCUGGUAGGAGUGGAUCUCAGCUCAGGUGAGCCCAUGGUGGCUGGUGAGGCAGGUGUUUGGGACAACUACAGUGUCAAGAAACAGCUUCUGCAUUCAUGCACGGUAAUUGCCAGUAACAUCCUGCUGGUGGAUGAGAUCAUGAGGGCUGGAAUGUCUUCUCUAAAGGGUUGAAGGUCAAUGGAAGAUCCCUUCUGAUAUCUCUCCCUAAAUGCAACUCUCAACAUGGAAAAUAGCCCUGUCCAACAAAUGGAACUGUCACUGUACUGUAAUGAGCAUCAUUAUUUGUCAAAGAAACCAUUGUAAACCCCUGAAUUAUCCCUCCAAACUAUUGUUUUAUUUAUGAGAUUUCUUUUGAAGCAUGGAACUGUACCACUCAGUUUUGUUUGUACCACUCAGUUUUGUUUGUACCCAUUAAAAGUUAUCUUGGCUGAA